AUGAUCGACCCCAAGACAAGCCAGAAACACAUCCUCAUCGUGGGCGCCGGACUCACGGGCCUCAUCCUGGCACAGGCGUUGAGGCAUCUGAAGGCAACCCAAAAUCCGGCUCACAAUCAAGUGCGAUACACGUACUCGCUCUUCGAGCGGGAUCCGUAUGCUUUCGCUCGCGGAGCAGGGUGGAGUCUCACCAUUCACUGGGCCCUCACUGAUCUGCGGAGCAUUCUGCCCCCAGACAUCCUGGCUGGCUUCAAGGACUGUCUGGUCAAUCCCGGUGCCGCUGAGGAGGGUAAUCCCGGCAAAUUUCAGUUUCUCGAUCUUCGAACAGGAGCGGCGAAGGAGUCCUGGCCGAUCCCUGCCAACGCCGCCUCGCGAGUGUCGCGUGAGAAACUGCUGGCGCUGCUGAUGAAGGAUUUAGAUAUUCAGUGGUCCAAGCAAAUCGCCGACAUCACACACCCCAGUGACUCCUCCGUGACGGCGCACUUUUCUGAUGGAAGCAGCGCCACGGGCGAUCUACUCGUGGGCUGCGAUGGGGCGCGUUCAAUGGUUCGCCGCAUUCUCUGCCCCGAUAUUGCCAUGCCAUAUCGGCUUCCUGUGCGCCUAAUUGGGCUCCGCGUGCUCUAUCCCGUGGAAAAAGUGCGCCAACACUGCGAGCCCAUCGAUGUGCACUUCUUCCAGGGUGGUGAUCCCCAGACCAACGUGUACUUCUGGUUCUCGUUCAUCCAUCUACCUCGGCCUAUAGACCCAGACACCCAUGCCACUUGCCAGAUCAUGAUGAGCUGGCCUUACCAGCCUGGAUUCCUGGGCAAAGAAACCCCGGUAGAGAUGCCCGAAAGCAAUGCCGAUCGUUUGGCCUGGAUGCGCAAGUUGGCGGUCGAUUGGGCUGAGCCUUUUCGGCAGCUUGUCUAUGAUCUGCCCCCGGAGACGGAGCUGAGAGAGAUCGUCCUCGAGGAUUGGCCGCCAAAGAAGGGUGCGUGGGAUCAUCACAACGGGACAGUGACGCUGGUGGGUGACGCGGCUCAUGGAAUGACAAUGUUCCGUGGAGAGGCGGCCAAUCAUGGGGUGAUUGAUGUCUCGAGACUCAUUAAACUAUUCACUGCGAGCACCAAAGAGGAGGUCCCGAUGAAGUUGGAAGAUAUUGUGCGAGAGUAUGAGUCAGAGAUGAUUGAGCGUACACAGCCGGCUGUGCUCAAGUCACGACAAGCGUGCAUUGAUGCUCAUCAUUACGAGAGUGUGAAUGGGUCUAGUCCGCUAAUUUCGAAACGGGCCAUGAAAGAUUGA